GUGCACAUUGUAGCGUCUGAGGGAGUGACUCACGCAUGCGUACCAUAGCACUCUGCUCCUGUCUGCUGAAAAACAAAGGCAGUGAGCCGUGGCUGGAGGAUGUCAUCAGUCAUCGUUAAUGGAGGAAAACAGACUUCUUGAAAAAAUCAAUAGUGCUUUUAUCUGAGCGGAGACGCAGGAGAACUCUUCCUAUUGUUUUUGUUCCUAAAGUGUGAGAGCAAGACUCGGCAUCUCUCACAAGAAAGUACCAAAUAGGAGAAUCCACAGGUUCCUCCUCCUCCUCCUCUUCGUCAUACCUCCUUUCUCCCGUUUUUAGCUGAACCUGGACUGAAUGACAUCGUUUGUGAUCGAAGGAACUGUUGCUUGCCUCUCGUCCUACACUUGUUUAUUUAACACGGGCGGAAGCAGCGAUGUAGGUUGUGUUUGGUCAGAUGACGGACUGUGAGCUCGGGAUUCGUGGGAGAGUCGAACGUGAUAUUUCCAUGCACUUUUUUUCACUUUAAAGAUUUGAUUUUGUAGCUGUAAACGGUGCCUCCGCUCACAGCAGACCGUCGGCGGAGGAUUUCUUUAUAAAAGACCAGGAGGGAAGUGAACCCACCGAGGAGAGGCGCUGUCCGUGGUUCUGAAGUUCCAGGCCUACUCUCAGAGGACGUUUUCUUUGCAAAAGGCAGCGGUGCAACAUUAUCCACCAGCAGCUACACACAGGGCCUACUAUGGUAACUCAAGCCAGGGUACAUCUGUUCACUUUGGUCCUUUUACUACUUGUCCAGGGUUGUCAGCCGGUGUGUGUCGAUGCAACAUCGGAGACUGAGGCGGUCCUGGGGAAGCCCAUGAUGUUGACCUGCAUCUCCUGUUUGAAGAGGGAGGAAGUCAAAGUGAAGACACGUGUGGAUUGGUACUACAGGCCAAGAGCCGAAAAGGACACCCCAAAAAUCCAUAUUUACAUGUAUAAAAAUGACACACCCAUGGAGCCGGAUGGACCAUUUAAGGACCGUCUGACCUGGAUCGGGAGUCAGGACUUGCAGGACGUCUCCAUUAAAAUCCGUAAAGUCACCUACAACGACAGUGGGCUCUACGAGUGCCACGUGUUCCGCUUGUUUGAGUUCAAGUUCUUCUCGCCAACUGAGUACAUCGUGAAGAACAUCACGCUGAAGGUGAAAGAGAAAGCCAGUGACGAUCCCACAGCCUUCUACUCUGAGAUCAUGAUGUAUGUGCUGCUGGUAUUCUUGACCUUCUGGCUGCUGGUAGAAAUGGUCUACUGCUACAGGAAGAUCUCCAAGUCUGAUGAGCAGGCGCAGGACACGGCGACCAACUACCUAGCCGUUCCCUCUGAGCAGAAAGACAAUGCAGCUGCCCCCGUUACCGAAUAAAAGCCAUUGUCGCUGACACGGUACUAACCAAUCACAGUGGGACUUCUGGGUCAUGUGACAACAAGAAAAGAAACGUGUUCCACCACCAAAUCAAUGCCACUGUGAUGGUUGACUAACUGCCAUUAGAAUCCUGGGCUUGGAACUGCCUCCAUCCAUCCUUUAUAUUUAGUCACUGCCAGAUGCAUUAACACAAACCACCACCACUGUAAACACCCUCCUGCCCCCAACAACACCAGGCUCUUCUAACCUUCCUUUUCUCUUUGCUUCACCUCAGCUGCCGGUGUUUUCCUGAUUGUUUUCUCUGUGAUUCUUAACGUCUUCAGUCAAACGUGACCCUUAAUGAAAAAUCAGGUCUGUUACUGUGUCGUUUCUGUUUACCAAGCUGAGAUAUGGGUUCGCAGCUUUGAUUUGCACUGACCAACCUCUUUUUUUUAAUGUCCUUCAUUUUUUAAAGUAGUGGGUGGAGCUUUUCUACUGUAUGGAUGUGCAAUUCUGCCACUGGAUGUCAUAGAAACAGACCUUUAUUAACCUGUGUCAGCUUCAACUUUCUGCCUAAUUAACGUCUUUUAGCCUUUACGACGUUCGUCCAUGUGCCGCACACACGUUACUGACCACUCUGUAGUUUAGCCUCACUGCCUAUUGUUCCUCUCACAUGUACCCUGCUGCUGUGGUACGACAGCAGACGGUCCAGAGAGAACUCCUGUGCCUAUUUUCUACCCUACAGAACUGUAGACCUGUAUAUCUCUGUGACUGAACCCUGACUGUGCUGUUCUGUCAUUCUCCUGUGUGACUGAGCUACUUUUGAACUAUUAAAUUAUAAUAUUAAAUACAAAGCAUUCCACGGCCCACGGUGUCGUCACUUCA